CAGUGCUGCUAGUGAAGGGGCAGCCAGGGAGCCUGUCCAGCGUGGAACAGUCCCAUACCGGAGUGGACUUAAGGACAGUCACAUUCUCUCCUCUGGAUACUUUUAUAUCAACUUAUAAAACUUCAACAGGACAGACCGCAUUCAACAAUACUAAUGAUUGCACAGAUCUGGUGACUGAAUUGAAAUAAACAGAAUGAGGACUGGACGCAGCUUAUGGGCUGGGGUCUUUCUGUCAUUUUCAGCGGCAACACUUUUUCUCUCUAGCCACGUGGAAGGCCAAGUGACACCACCAACAAGACUAAGAUAUCAUGCAGUAACUCAAAACAGCAUACAGAUCUCAUGGAAAGCCUCAAAAGAUACAAUUAAAGGAUAUAGACUUCGUGUCACACCAAAAUCAGGUGGGAAAAUCAACGAACUAAAUCUUCAAAACACUGCCGUUAAUGCAGUCAUUCAAAAACUUGAUCCCAUCCUAAGUUAUACUGUACAGAUCAGUGCAUUUAAUGAAGAUGAUGAAAGCAAACCGGUUCAAGGAGAGUUUAGAAUAGUGGAUUUGAUGAAAAAAAGAAAAACAACAGACUCCAGCAAAAAUCGCAAAGGAAAAAAAAAAGACAACAGAGUGCCUGAAGGAGAUGGUCAAUUUUCCUGUAAAACACCAGCGAUUGCUGACAUUGUGAUCUUGGUCGAUGGAUCAUGGAGUAUUGGGAGAAUCAACUUCAGACUCGUUCGGCUUUUCAUAGAGAAUCUAGUGGCUGCUUUUGAUGUUGGCACUGAUAAAACAAGAAUAGGCCUGGCACAGUACAGUGGGGAUCCCAGGAUAGAAUGGCAUCUGAAUGCAUACAAUACAAAAGACGCUGUGGUAGAUGCGGUCCGAAACCUGCCUUACAAAGGAGGAAACACAUUAACAGGACUUGCUUUGACAUACAUCCUGGAGAACAGUUUCAAAGAAGAAUCGGGAGCCAGGACAGGACUUCCAAAGGUUGGCAUUUUGAUCACUGAUGGGAAAUCUCAAGAUGAUGUCCUUCCACCAGCCAGAAGUCUGAAAGAUGCUGGGAUUGAGCUGUUUGCAAUUGGUGUGAAAAAUGCUGACCUUAAUGAACUCAAGGAGAUUGCCUCGGAACCUGACAACACCCACGUGUACAAUGUUGCUGAUUUCAACGUCAUGAGCUCGAUUGUUGAAGGUCUCACUAAGACAGUGUGUACUCGAGUGGAAGAGCAAGAAAUUGAAAUUAAAGGAACAACAGUUGUCACCAUUGGCGCUCCUUCUGAAUUAGUCACCUCCGAGGUAACAGCUAGGGGAUUCCGUGUUAGUUGGACCCACGCACCUGGACAAGUUGAAAAAUAUAGAGUGGUUUAUUAUCCAACAAAAGGUGGCCAACCCGAAGAGGUUGUAGUCGAUGGCAGUGUGUCAACCACUGUACUAAAGAACCUGAUGUCUUUAACAGAAUAUCAAAUAGCUGUGUUUGCUAUCUACGUUAAUGCUGCCAGCGAGGGGUUACGUGGCACUGAAACCACAUUGGCACUACCUAUGGCGUCUGACCUUGAGCUUUAUGACGUGACCCACAGGAGCAUGAGAGCCAAAUGGGUUGGAGUUGCUGGGGCUAGUGGGUAUAUGAUUCUCUAUGCGCCCCUUACAGGUGAUGCAACAGCAGAUGAAAAAGAGAUGAAGGUUGGUGGGUCCACAACUGAUGUAGAACUGGAUGGGUUGACUCCCAGUACCGAGUACACCGUAACGGUCUAUGCAAUGUUUGGAGAUGAAGCCAGCGACCCGCUGACUGGGCAGGAAACCACAUUACCUUUAAGCCCCCCAAGGAACCUCCAAUUUUCCAAUAUAAGGCACAGCUCUGCAACAGUUUCAUGGGAUCAUUCCAACAAAAGAGCCAAUGGCUACCGGAUUAUGUAUGUGAAGACUGGUGGAUCAGACAUGAAUGAUGUUGAAGUCGACCGAAUCUCGACCUAUAACCUGGAAAAGCUGGCCUCCCUCACAGAAUACACUGUAGCUAUUUUCUCUAUUUUUGAUGAGGGACAGUCUGAGCCACUCACAGGAACCUUUACGACAAAGAAAGUGCCAGCUCCCCAGGACCUGCUGGUCAGAGAGAUAACCACGGAAAGUUUCAGAGCCCUGUGGAAGGCUUUCUCUCCAGAUAUUGCUAUGUACAGACUGACCUGGACCUCACUUAGCAGUGGACAAUCUCAAGAGAUUGUCCUGAAUGGUGACAUCACCUCCUAUCUGAUUGAUGGAUUAACUCACAGCACAGAAUAUGAAGUUUCACUCUCCGCAAUAUUUAACGACGAAACUGAAAGCGAUGCUAUAGCUACCUUAGCGACAACAUUAACCAGGACUACCACUACACCCACCACCACUACAAUGUCUCUACGUCUCCGAUUUGAAUUUAGAAAACUUAAGAUAGAUGAUGAAACUACAUCUAGUCUUCAUGUUUCAUGGCCCAUGAGUGAUCCAAAUAUAAAGCACUUUAAAGUGUCUUAUGUCAUGACUGAUGGUGAUCGUGGUGAAGAAACGGCAAUAGUACCAGGACAACAGCAGGAGAUUGUUCUUCAGCCUUUGCUUUCAGAUACGGAAUAUAAAAUCACAGUCACGCCUGUUUUUGGUGAUGGAGAAGGAAAAGGCAUUUCAGGAGUUGGAAAAACAUUGCCUUUAUCUGCGCCACGAGAUUUGCGUGUUUCUGAUGAAUGGUACAACAAGCUUCGCAUUACUUGGGAUCCACCUCCUUCACCCACUAUGGGCUACCGAAUCAUGUAUAAGCCUACAAAUGUCGGAGGACCUGCGUUAGAGACGUUUGUCGGAGAUGAUGUUAAUACCAUACUAAUUCUCAAUCUACUCAGUGGAACAGAAUACAGCUUAAAGGUUCUAGCUUCCUAUUCUACUGGAUUCAGCGACCCCUUGUCUGGCUUAGGAAAAACCUUGUAUCUCGGAGUGACAAACCUGAAUUCAUAUCAAGUUAAAAUGACAAGCAUGUGUGCCCAGUGGCAACUGCAGAGACACGCUACUGCUUACCGCGCGAUCAUAGAGUCCAUUCAAGAUGAGACAAAGCAGGAAGUCAUGCUUCCUGGAGGAACAUCACGUAAUUGCUUUUAUGAGCUAUCACCCAAUACCAGAUAUCGACUCACUCUAUACGCUCAACUCCAAGAAACAGAAGGACCCGGCGUCAGCAUUAUGGAAACAACAUUGCCGCUUCCAACAGCUGCACCCACGCCUCCUCCAACCACAGCCGCUCCUACUACCAUUCCUGCGGCCAAAGAAGUGUGCAAGAAUGCCAAAGCAGAUCUAGUAUUCCUGGUGGAUGGAUCAUGGAGUAUCGGUGAUGACAACUUCAACAAAGUUCUUCGUUUCCUGUAUAGCACUGCAGGAGCUUUCCAUGAAAUUGGUCCUGAAGGAACACAGGUUGCAAUUGCUCAAUUUAGUGAUGAUGCAAGGACAGAGUUUAAACUAAAUUCGUACACUUCCAAAGAAUCCCUUCUGGGCGCGAUUCGGCAGAUUGCGUACAAGGGUGGAAACACGAAAACAGGGAGAGCCAUUAAGCACGUUCGAGAUGACUUGCUUACUCAUGAAUCUGGUAUGAGAAAAGGUGUUCCGAAAGUACUGGUGGUGAUCACAGAUGGACGGUCUCAAGACGAAGUGAACAAGCUUGCCAAAGAUUUACAAAUGGAAGGCUCCAGUAUUUUUGCUAUUGGUGUAGCAGAUGCGGACUACGCAGAGUUAGUUAACAUUGGCAGCAAGCCCAGCGAGAGGCAUGUUUUCUUCGUCGAUGACUUUGAUGGUUUCAAGAAAAUUGAAGAUGAACUGAUCACCUUUGUUUGUGAGACGGCCACAGCAACUUGUCCGUUGAUGUUCAUUCAAGGCCAGAGUGCAUCAGGAUUUAAAAUGAUGAAUGUGUUUGGUCUGGUGGAGAAGGAAUAUGCAGCUAUGGAAGGAGUCUCCAUGGAACCCGGAACGUUCAAUAACUUCCCCUGCUAUAGACUACACAAAGACGCACUGGUCUCACAGCCUACCAAAUUCGUUCAUCCAGAGGGACUACCUUCGGACUACACAAUUUCCUUCCUAUUUCGAAUACUUCCUGACACACCAAAAGAACCGUUUGCUCUGUGGGAAAUCCUAAACAAGGAUUACGAACCAUUGGUUGGCGUUAUACUUGAUAAUAGUGGAAAAACUCUAACUUACUUUAACUACGACCUUAACGCACAAUUUCAAACAAUCACUUUUGAUGGGCCCGAAAUUAGGAAAAUAUUUUAUGGAAGCUUUCACAAGAUUCACAUCGUUGUAACAGCAACCAGCACAAAACUAGUGAUUGACUGCAAACAGAUUGCAGAGAAGCCAAUAAAUACAGCGGGAAACAUUACAACUGACGGCUUGGAAGUUCUGGGUAGAAUGGUCAGGUCGAGAGGACCAAAGGAUAACUCAGCCCCAUUCCAACUACAAAUGUUUGAUAUUGUUUGCACGACAUCUUGGGCGAGUCGAGAUAAAUGCUGCGAGCUUCCUGCAUUGAGAAACGAGGAAACCUGUCCACCACUUCCCAGUACCUGCUCAUGCUCACAAGAUAGUAAAGGGAUCCAGGGACCACCAGGACCUCCGGGUGGUGCAGGAAUGCGAGGCUCUAAGGGAUCACAAGGGGAAUCUGGACCUCCCGGACCAGAAGGACCUCAAGGGCUACUGGGACCACUGGGACCUCAGGGGCCACCUGGGCCGCAAGGACCAAGUGGACAUUCCAUUCAGGGACCACCCGGUCCACCGGGUGGAAAAGGAGAAAAAGGUGAACCUGGGUUUCCAGGACAACAGGGUAUUACGGGAGCAUCAGGAUCUCCAGGGCGUGAUGGAGAAACGGGACAGAGGGGAAUGCCAGGAAAAGAUGGUUCUACUGGCCCUUCAGGACCACCAGGUCCAAUGGGCAUACCAGGAAAUCCAGGUUCUCCGGGUGUCCCAGGAGGUGCAGGGAGACAGGGUGAAAGUGGACCUCCUGGGCCUACUGGUGUAAAAGGAGAAAGGGGAGAAAGAGGAGAUACACAGUCACAAAAUAUGGUACGGGCAAUUGCUCGCCAAGUGUGUGAACAGAUCAUCCAGAAUCAUAUGUCCAGGUUCAAUAACCUUCUCAAUCAAGUCCCAAGCCAGUCUGUAUCAGUGAGAACAAUUGCGGGACCACCUGGACCAGCUGGUCGCACUGGACCUCCCGGUCCACCUGGAGAACAAGGAUCUCCUGGAGUAUCAGGAUUUCCAGGCAGCCCUGGACAACAAGGACCUCCUGGAGAAAGAGGUUUAUCAGGUGAAAAAGGAGAAAGAGGUAACCCAGGUGUUGGAUCGCAAGGGCCAACGGGUCCACAAGGACCUCCAGGACCUCCUGGAGAAGGCCGCACUGGAAGUCAAGGUCCACUUGGGCCACCAGGUCAACGUGGAAUCCCAGGUCCACCAGGAAAUCCAGGUUCCUUGGGCCCUGCUGGUCAGCCAGGUUAUUGUGAUGCUUCUUCGUGUGCUGGAUAUGGUGUUGGAGGUGGAUACGGUGAUCCUACGGACCCUGAAGACAACCGUAUACAACCUCAUGACCCUUACCAGGUAUAUGACCCAGAGGAUGGUUAUGAUGAUGAACGAGAAUCAUAUGAUCCAUAUCCAGUCCCGUAUCCUCAGGCCUACCAAGAUCCUCGUUAUAGCCAGCCAGAGUUCAGUCCAGUACAGGAAGAAACAGAAUCUUUGGAGGUGAGGUCUCCCGGGAUCAGCCGUAUCGCAAGGAGCAUACUAAAAAGAGCAUAUAAAUCUAAUCAAGAGCUUCAGGAUGGUUGAUAGAACUCUUAGCUUUGGAUCCAUAUCCAAUGGAGACCAGCAUCAUGCAUCAUCAUUGCCAAUACAUUCUACAAAAAUAGCUGUUUGCGCUGGUUAACUGCUUGGAAAUUGUUUACAUAAAUUAGAACUAUAAAGAAAAAGUGCUCUGAAAAUGAACACUGUGCAUUCAUUUGACACGACUUAACUAACUAUGUCAGUUUUACAUAUGAAAUAUUGUAAUGAUUUGAUGCUCUUGUUAAUAUGAACAUGUUAAUGUUUAGAUUUGAGGGGCCAAUUCAGUAAGACAGAACAUUGGUUUCAUACGUAUAAAAAUAUAUAGAUACAUUGACGUUUUAGGAGUUACUGUAGUAAUCCAAAAAUUCAGAUAAAUAAAUAAGAGUACUGCACCAUAUAAAAAAAAUAAGAAAAAAAAAUACUGCAAUACUCUAUCAUAUGCUUUAUAUGACAUAUAAUAGAGUAUUUCCGUUUUUUUUUUUUUUAUUGGGCUAAGCUAUAUAGAGAUAUAUAUAUCUAUGGAAUUAUGUUCAGAAUGUCCUUUCGUAGGUCUCACGGUGUAGAAGUCAUGGUGCAGCUCAGACAAAAUAAAUAUAUUUUGUAAAUAUCACUAAUAAUCAUUGGGUUAAAUCAGAUGUAAGACAAAUUAGAAGAUUGUACUGUGAUGUAAAAAUGGGUCCCACAGUUUAACAAAUAUGAAAUUCAUACAACACAGAGCACAAUCAUACCCUCCUUCAGACCCCUCUGAAAGAUAAAAAGAUGCAUAUUAUUUUUUUCAAUUUUUUUUAGAUAACAUGAAGAGAAAAAGCUAUAUUGAUAAAAAAAAAAAAAAAAAAAACUGUUACUGAAAAGAUAAGCUACAUUUUUUUCAUAGUCUGUUUUCAAGAGUUAGGUCUCACAUGGAGAGUUAAUGCAAAAAUCCUUUAUCAAUGACCUGUCCCGAUAUUUUAGAAUAAAAUAGCCACACCUUUAAAUAGAACACUCCAAGUAGGUAGCUUCUGCGUUCCCAUCGUAAGUAGUCAAAUCAUUUUAGAAUGGUUUGAAUUAUUACCUGGGGUCUACACUCUCAGGCUCUGCGACUUCAGACAUAAAGCUCUCUGUCUGAGCUAAGCCUGGUG